UGCCUUCCCCGUCCGUGCUUCGGUGUCUGUCUUAGGCUGUUUAGCCCUGUUUCUAGACUUCGAGAAAAGGUUAUUUUCUUGUGUCUUUAGGGAAGGAAUCUGUUAAGCCUGCAAGGGGAAUUAAGUUCAGGCUGCUGCUUCAGUCCAGUCUCUGCAUUGUUGAACUUGUAUUUCCUAAGGAUACUGGCGGUAGCAAAGGUUACUCUUCCCUUUACUGUACUUGCAGGAACUUCAUCCGUUAUUUCAACCAUGUUGUCAUUUUGCACUAAUAAAACACAAAUAACACUUGACUUCCAAAGCCGUAUCACAGAAGGGUAUCGUAUGCAUUUUUAUGUGUUGAUGUGACUUCUCGGAGUCCGUGGGAAGGCAGAGCCCUGAGGAGGUCUCCUGAGCUCGCCGGCCCCUGGUGAUCUGUCGGACGCUAGUCUGGGCGCUGCUGUGAAGGCCCCCCCGCAGGCGUCGCAGGUGACUAAACAGCCGUCGUGCAGGUAGGGAGAUCAUCCUGGGCUACUGGGGUACAACCCGUUAACCACACGAGGCCCCAGAACAGAAGAGGCGGGAGAGGAGAGGCAGGAGGGGGCGUCUGAGACGUGCAGAGCACGAGAAGACUCCACCUGCCGUGGCUGGCUCUGGAGUGGCCAGGAACGGAGGGGCGUGGGUGGCCCGAGAACGUGAGACCCGUCGCUGGCCGACAGCAGUGAGGACCGGGAGCCUCCGUCCCACGGCUGCGGGGAACUGGAUUCUGCCGCCAACCUGAGUGGAUCUGGGCAGUGCCCUGCCUUGACCGCUGCCCUGUGAGAGUGGAACCACCUGCCCCUUCUGACACACAGAAACUGUGAGGCCAUCGAACUGACGCUGAAUCCUCCGGAAGGAAUUGUGGCGGGUCCCAUGAACGAAGAGAAUUUCUUUGAGUGGGAGGCGCUGAUCAUGGGCCCAGAAGACACCUGUUUUGAGUUUGGUGUAUUUCCUGCCAUCCUGAGUUUCCCACUGGAUUACCCAUUAAGUCCCCCAAAGAUGAGAUUUACCUGCGAGAUGUUUCAUCCCAACAUCUACCCCGACGGCAGAGUCUGUAUCUCCAUCCUCCACGCGCCGGGCGACGACCCCAUGGGCUACGAGAGCAGCGCAGAGCGGUGGAGCCCCGUGCAGAGCGUGGAGAAGAUCCUGCUGUCGGUGGUGAGCAUGCUGGCAGAGCCCAACGACGAGAGUGGCGCCAACGUGGAUGCUUCCAAGAUGUGGCGGGACGACCGGGAGCAGUUCUGCAGGGUCGCCCGGCAGCUGGCGCAGAAGUCCCUGGGGCUGUGAGGCCCCGGCCCACACAUGGACACGCGCAGUGACAGUGACACCCUGUGCUGGUACCCAAAAAGGCAAGCUUGCAGAAGCACAGCGUCUGGUUUUCCCCUGCCUUUCCCGCUCCAAACAGGCUUCUCUUCUGAAAUGGUCAUUUAUGUAGGAUGAUGACGCCGGGCGCAGUCUUCCCCGUAUUCGCGUGGGUGGUCGGAGCCCUCGCCACUGGCCCUCCCAGCCGGGGCCCCGCACGCCCCGCCGGUAGUGGCUUCCCUUCCGUCUGCCGGGCAGGGGGCGGCCAGAACCAGUUGUCCUUCUGAAGAAGCAGCAGAGGGUGGGCGGGACAGCUCUGGCCUUGCUCCCCGCGUGCCCCAGGGGGACGGCUGUCGGCGUCCCUGCUUUCUAGUGCUUCGGGGGUGUUGUCCUUGUCAUCUGGUUACAGCUUUUUGUCUGUCGCGCAUUACAAACUAUCACACUUAGAAAUGCUUUCAGGAAAUAAAUACUUUUUAAAAAUGUGGAUUAAUGAAAAACGGGGUGUGUACGAGAGAGGUGUACUGCUGGUCGUAAGGACUGACCGCUUCUUCCUGGUCCCGUUUAGCGAAGAGGUACACCGAUGGCCGGGUUUACUGGCGCAUCACAGGGCGGGAGCAUGCGAGACUGGACGUUUUGGUCAGUGUCUUCUGGACGCACAGGGGUCUGUCUUUUCCACAUAAACACGGGGAGGUUCUGACGUUCUGUACGUCGUGGCCGCAGCAGGAACGGUGAUUAUUGAGACAGUUCUUUUCACUUGGGGCUGGAAGGGAAUGUGCACCCCUAGUGAGCGCAGAGGCGUGCCUUAUCCCAACCUUGACCGGGGCGGGCUGGGGUCGGGGGUGGGGGUGGGGGCGGGGCACUCAGUGUGGGGUGUGAUGUCCCUGCCCUGGCACCAGGGGCUCCGUUCUAAGCAAUAACAGAUCUGUUGCAGAAUCAAGUAUUUGGCCUGUCAGGUUACGUCUAAAUAGGAAUUUCUAUUUUUGCAGUGGGGGACAGUCUACAGGACAUACCGUGGGUUUUACUUCUCAUCCUUCUCUCCUCAGUCGCGUGUCCAGCAGGCGGGAGUCCGUCUCACCGACACCUGACACAGGGUUGCUUGGUGGUCACGAGACUGGUGGACGGGGCUCCGUCCAGCUGGCUCUGUAAGGAGAGCAGAUUCUUUCUUUCUCAGAAGGGAACCACUUCAGAUUUGGAAUUCAGUACGAGAACUUGUAUUUGGAAGGGGAUCAGGAAGGGAGAGGGGUUGUACCUGAAUAGUAUUUGCGGGCGUAUUAAAUGAGACGCGGCCCUCUCCAUGGAGAGGGAAGGACUGGUCCGUGGACACGGCUGGUGUGCGGGCGCUGUGGCCACGGGGUUUCCAUGAAAUCUGGAGAAGGGAGAGAGGCGAUCUCUUUGCAAGCAAAGUAUUUUUAUUCACUUGUAUUUAUUAAAUGGAAACAAAGAGAAUCUCAUGUCCUUACUUUGUGGUGGAGUUUAAUUACUAUGUUAAAAAUAAAGUUAUAUAUUUUCCCCCUA